AUGCCGACCUUGAUGUUCUCUGCCCUCUUUCUCGUUCUCAUACCACGCCUGGCCUCGGCGACAUGCUAUUGGCAAAAUAGCACGCUGGCUCCUGAUGAUCCAUACUCAAUAGCCCCUGACGACACGGCGUGUUUCCCGGAUCAAGAGAACUCGGCUUGUUGCGGGACAGGAUGGACGUGUCUCUCAGACGGAGUGUGUUAUAUUGAGCAAGAUGGGAACAGUUACUAUUACCGGGGCACAUGCACAGAUCGCACCUGGGACAGUCAGCAAUGCCCCGGAUGGUGCUUUGCUCAGAAUGCCAACACGUCAAUACCUUUACUUAAAUGUGACACAGCACAAGACUGGUACUGUUGCCCAGGAGAUUCUGAGUGUAGCUGUGACACGGGAAAGGAUGCGAUCAAGCUUGGGGAUACCCAACCGAGUACAGUCACCGUUAUUGGAAGCACCAGUUGGCCCGGGAUUUCGUCUACCACCACCCCCUUCGUCCAGACAAGCCCUCUCGUGGCCAAUGGCACCAGCACAAGCGAAUCCGGCGGACUCACUCAGAGCACUAGCAGCACUCAGACCACUAGUACCAGCACGAGUUCUACCACCAGCGGAAGUGCUGCAGCAGCAUCUGCGACAUCAAGCACACCUGCACCAUCCAAGGGUGGCGGGUCGAGCAACACGGGGCUUGCGGCAGGACUGGGGGCUGGGUUGGGAGCGGCGGCAGUGAUCAUAGGCGUCCUUGUCUUCUUCUUGAUUCGCAAGAGACGUCGUAGCAGUGGUGCAGUUGGGGACAGCGGUCUCCUCGACCAUCACCAGAUGAUGCAAAAGCCAUUCUCCAUGGCAUCUCAACCCGCGUCUCCUUACCCGCCGGCGGAAGCACCGACCCUUCCCCAGUACCGCCGGCCUGAAUUGGCAGGGGCUGGGGAAUACGACAGGGCAGAGAUGCCAGCCGGACAGAACGGAGACGGGCUCCACCACCGACGGAGUACAGAACGGGCUGAACUUGGUCCGUGA